GGUCAGGAAAUAAACCGGAUGAAUAAUACACAGUGUCGACGGUCUCAUGUCGUGCAGCGGGCUCCUGAAUGAUUUAAAGCUUUUUACAUCAUCAGCCUCACCCUCCCUCCCGCUCUGUCUGCCGCUGAUGCACCGCGCAGCCCGGAGAUGCUGCUGCUGAUGCUGGUGACCGACUGCAGCAUCCGACAUGGGUAUCCUCUAAUCCGGCCGUGCCACAAUUACUUUCUCUCUCACUAUGUGGGGAAAAACUGAAGUGGCAUUCUACUGAGCCUGAAAACAGAGGCGUGGACUGCAAGACAAAAUCAGAUUUUCUUCAUUUAUUUGGAUUAGGAAUAAUUCCUCACAUCUGCACAUCUUCUUGAAGAACUCAUUCACAGAACUUAAGGAAAAACACUGGUCAAACAGUAUCUUCCGCUACUCCCCAUUGGCUUUCAAUAUGAGUGGUCUGGUAGGGAAGCUGGAUCCUCGCAGGAUACAGUGGGGGUCGACAUGGAACACCUUUGCAUCCCGUGUCCUCAGGACCAAGCCUGUGGAGUCCAUGUUAGAUUCAGCCAUAUCGGGUACAAGCUCACAUGGAACCAGACUGGCCCGGGUUUUGUCUACGGUCGACCUAGUGUCGCUGGGUGUGGGCAGCUGCGUCGGGACGGGGAUGUAUGUGGUCUCUGGACUGGUCGCCAAGGAGAUGGCUGGCCCUGGGGUCAUUGUGUCCUUUAUUAUUGCUGCUGUUGCCUCCAUUCUGUCAGGAGUAUGCUACGCAGAGUUUGGUGUCCGUGUGCCUAAGACCACAGGUUCAGCCUACACAUACAGCUAUGUGACAGUGGGGGAGUGUGUGGCUUUUUUCAUCGGUUGGAACUUAAUUCUGGAAUAUCUGAUUGGCACAGCAGCGGGGGCGUCAGCUCUCAGCAGCAUGGCGGACUCACUGGCCAAUCACACCAUCAGUAACUUUAUGAUUUCACACAUUGGAACACUCAACGGCUUAGGUAAAGGAGAACAGUCCUACCCAGACCUACUGGCACUGCUGAUAGCACUGCUGGUGACAGUGAUAGUGGCUUUGGGAGUGAAGAACUCUGUUGGUUUCAACAACGCAUUGAACGUCAUCAACCUUAUAGUGUGGGUGUUCAUGAUGAUCGCUGGCCUGUUCUUUGUAAAUGGGGAGAACUGGGACGAGGGGAGAUUUCUGCCUUUCGGCUGGUCAGGGGUGAUGCAGGGUGCAGCCACCUGCUUCUAUGCCUUUAUUGGAUUUGACAUCAUUGCUACAACAGGAGAAGAGGCCAAGAGUCCCAACACCUCCAUCCCCUAUGCUAUCACCGCCUCACUCAUCACCUGCCUCACUGCCUAUGUCUCUGUUUCUGUGAUUCUGACACUGAUGGUACCAUACAAUGAAAUUGAUGAGGAUGCACCACUGAUGGAGAUGUUUGCCAUGCAUGGUUGUAUGUUCGCAAAGUACAUAGUGGCGGUAGGCUCUAUAGCUGGACUGACUGUAUCCCUCUUGGGUUCGCUGUUCCCCAUGCCCAGGGUCAUCUAUGCCAUGGCAGGAGAUGGCCUGCUCUUUAAGUUCCUGGCCCAUGUGUCUUCCUACACAGAGACCCCUGUUGUAGCCUGUGUGGUUUCAGGCUUUCUGGCUUCCUUGCUGUCCCUCCUGGUCAGCCUUAGAGACCUCAUAGAGAUGAUGUCCAUAGGAACGCUUUUGGCCUAUACCCUGGUGAGUCUCUGUGUGCUUCUCUUACGCUACCAACCUGAGGGAGACAUCCAUGGUUUCGUGAACUUUCUCUCUGAGGAGCAGAAUAAAAAGAGGAAGGAAGGCGUUCUGGCUGAGUGUGAGAAAGACGCCUGCUCACCAACCAGCGAGGCCGAUGAGUAUGGCGGUCCGCCCACUAACACCUGCGGAGCCAAAAACCUGCCUUCACUGGGUGACAAUGAGAUGCUGAUUGGCAAACCAGAUAAAAAUGCAUACACGGCCAAUCACCCUAACUAUGGUACAGUGGAUAUGACUACUGGUAUUGAAGCAGAAGAAUCAGAAGGUGGCCUGUCCCGGCGGUUAAAGAAGCUGAUUGGACCACGCUACUACACCUUGAGGAUCCGACUGGGCCUACCGGGAAAAAUGGAUAGACCGACUCCAGCAACGGGGAAAACUGUCACUGUGUGUGUUCUGCUGCUCUUCAUCUUCAUUUUUGCUUUCUGCUCCUUCAUAAUUUUUGGAGCUAGCACUAUUGGGGAGGGUCGUUGGUGGGCCUUGCUGCUAUUGAUCGUCUUCAUCAUUAUCAUUGCCCUACUAGUCAUCAUCAUCCUGCAACAACCAGAGAAUCCUAAGCGACUUCCCUACAUGGCACCCUGUGUGCCCUUCGUACCUGCUUCAGCCAUGCUGGUUAAUAUCUACCUCAUGCUCAAACUGUCUGCAAUCACCUGGAUAAGAUUUUCAAUCUGGUGCCUCGUGGGUGUGCUCAUAUACUUUGGCUAUGGCAUGUGGAAUAGUACUCUGGAAAUCACAGCCAGAGAGAAUGAGGUGCAUGCUUCCACCUACCAGCGCUACGAUCAAGGUGUUGACGAAGGCUUCUGCGGCUUCGAAGAUGAUUUCUACCCACCUACCACUGACGCCUGGGGUGCGCCAGACGGGGCAUCAGGGCUAACCUCGCCCCCUGUGGCAAAACCUGAAAAUGAUGGGAUGCCAUCGAAAAGUGGAGGCAGAACCAUUGCCAAUCAUGGCCUCGCGGAGGAGGAUCCAAUGGAUUUCUAAGGGACUGACUCUGCGUUACCCUGAAUGUACUGCCUUGUCUGCUGCCUGGGGGAUGGGUGGGGAAGAAUAUGUUCCACAAUUCCUUUCUUCUUCCAAACCAACUCUACCUUCCUCUCGCUGCCACCUCACCCUCGGCUUGAUAUCCAUCGGGCCAUGUCAUCCACUCUAAGCCACAAGUGAUAGAGCCAGGAUUGGUUUUCAGUCAGGAUUUGUAACAGCAAUCUGUUCAUGGCCUGUCGAUCUAUUAGCUCCUGUUUCGCUUAAGGGUGUCCGCUAUCGCUUUUCUGAUUUGUCACUGGAGCGUUUACUACACUCCCUGUGGUCCUGCUCCCACUUAGGCUCAAGCUGGUAUGAGUGAACUUCACUAUUUGGCCCUACUUUGUUUUUAAAGCAUGUAGCUUGUGCUGAAGUCCCACUCUUCACAUUGUACCUACAUUGCUGGUGCACUCUGAAGAGCUUGUGAAAAUCAGCUGGAUCAGAUAAUGAGCCAGUGUGGUUUAACAUGUAGGACAAGUAAGCUACAGCCAAGGUUAGGGGUUGGAUUUCAUAAUUAGUAUGUACUGCAAAGCAUGUUUAAGAGUAAAACACUUUUAAACAAGAGAAUACAAAGUGCUUUACAUUGAAGGGAUUGUGCAAUGUAUCCAUUCAUGGCACUAUAACUGAUUUUGGCAUCAACCAAAGCACCCCCCACCCUUAUAGGUGGGGGUGCUUCUUCUAUAUAGCUGCUGCUGCUGUCUGCCCUGAUUGUCCUACUUGUACCUUUUGCCCCUGUUGCUGCAUCAGUCCCUUCCAGGGAAGCCUUAUUUGUCUAAUGCACUAAAUCUAAGGAUGCCACGCUAUACCCCCACCCCACCUCUGCCCCCCUCACAACCAUACACAUUCCAAAAAACAAGAAAACAAAAAUAAAACAAACCAAAAAUGAAAAAAUAAAUUAAAAUAAUUAUUAUAUCAACAGGCCCUUUGGUGAUGUCCAUUGAAGAGAUUAUACCAACUCCAUAUACACAGGGAUUUAUGUUCAUAUUGAAUGAUUCUGCGGGUAGCCAGCGCACGGAGCAGUAUGCUGUGCAGGCAAGUGGAAGUUUAGGGAGUUGGAAUUUAGUUGCGGUUGAGUGUGAAGCCUAUGUAGUCUGCCAAGGUCAUGACUUUAGUAUCUUUUAUGGAAAUGUGACUGGGUUAUUGACUUGAGGGGGGGGAAUCAUAUUUUACGACCACAAUAUUACAUUAAACCACACUGUAAGUUCCAGCCAUGGAUGUUAGAACAACUGAUAUUUUAUAGCAGUUUUUUUACGGUUGGCACAGGAAAAAAUAAUAGAAAGUUUUGCAGAAUUGUCCAAUAUAAACAUUAUUCUAGGUGAUACAGUUGGAAAAGCAUUUGCACAUUAAGUCUCGCACACAUCUAAACAUAUUUUCAUUUUGUACUUUUGAGCCAAAAUACCCACUCAGAUCACUUCCUAACUCAGCCAAAAGAAUCCAACAGCUUUGCAUUCAUAGCUCAGCCAAAACAAAAAAGUAAAUUCAGGCGAUGCCAUUCCUCUCACACUGGACUGUACAGCCGACUUUCUAUAUUAUUUGAUCUGCGUGUGUGUAUAAAAACUGUGCGAAUGCAUGUGCUGUAUGUGUGUGCGAUGUGUGUUUGUGGUCUACGCCUGCGCCUCAGUGUGAUCGUCUGGUGAAUGUGUAGCAUGCUGUCAUGCACGAGGCCCAGACUAUACAUGUUGUACUUGCAUGCGGUGACUGAUCGCAAUGACCUGUAAUGGAACACUAAACCAAACCAAAUGCAGGCUUAAUUCUUAUACCUGGGAACGUUGGCCUCUCUGCUCUGGAAGGACUAAUGUUUAACAAUUUAAUAGGUUAAAUAAAACCACUAUCCUACAGGAUGAUUUUGUGCAUUUGUUGCACUUUGCUGCAUUUUCUAUUCUGAUGGGAACCCAGAAUUUUACUUUAUAACUCAAUACUAUGUUAAAUGAAAGAGCUAAAGGAAUAUUAUAUACGAUAUCUCCUUGCCCAGGUAUGAGAACCAGGACUCCAUUUGAAAAAGAAGGAGUACAUGUAGCAAACACACUGAUGUGGGUUGCUCUUCUCACAUCCUUCCUCAAGCACUUACAAUAUGCCUACUUCCUCUUUGUCCAUCUUCUCAACCACAACCUCUGCAAGCCAAAGUCCACAAUGUUUGUUUACUUUUCACGUACAGAAGGCUGUAGUUUCUUCAGAGUGAAGACCUGAGAAAAAAACAGAGCUAAAUUUUUUUCUUCUCUUCUAAUAAGCUACUUUAUCACAAGCAGACAGAUUUUUCUUUUAUUAAAGUGACUUUGGUCAUUGGUAUAAAGGAUAAUUUCUGAAUUUUUGCUAGUAUUUCGUUAAUAUUUAAAGUAUUAGUGUAGAAUCCGAUGCAUCUGUUCUGCAACGACACGAUGCGGUGAAAAGUACAACACUAUAGGAGGAGUGAACUAAAAGAAAGGUAUUUUUCUACAGCUGUUUCCCAUUCACGGAUCCUCCUCGGGAAGGUGUACACAGCAGAGUUGGGUGGAGUUAUCAGUCUUCACUGUCUGUGGUUUUGUUUAAUCACAAGGAGGCCUGGGAGAAACUGCUAAAAUAUAUUUUUAACAGCCAUAGUCUCUCUAGAAUGAAAAGGCUCAUUUAUAAACGUUAAUAUUUUCCUUUGAAGGUUUUUCAAAUGGUUGUUCAAGACGUCAAUACGACUAUAGGUGGUUUAGGAGUAAGAAUACUAAUAACUAAUAAGAGAAAACACGCAGAAACUAUUUUAAUACGAUUCUAUAAAUGGUAAACUACACACAAAAUCAAAGAUUGCCUCUGUUGCUUUUAAAGUCAGUUACUGUUUGUUUAUUUAGUCUUGGAGAAGGUGUGCCAUGUUCUUCCUGUGCUCUGUGUUCACUGUGGCCAAGCGUCCAGUCAGUGUGUGUUGGACUUGUUGAGAUUGGCUUCUCUUGCAACAGCAGAUUUUAUUCCUUUUCACUUCUGUAUAUUUUGGCACAAAGCUGUAUAAUGUAAUUGUUUUUAAUUUUUGUUUUUUAAAGGUUUCUUCCAUAUGUGUGGUUAAUUUGCUCCUGGGUGCACUGUUUUUGCUGAGUUGUUGAUAUUGCUUCCAUGCAACAAUGAAAGUUAGUUAUUGCAAUUACAAAA